UAUUUUCCGAAACAUUAAAGCGUACAACCUUCAUGUCAACCACUAAAAACCUAUUCGUCAAUCAGCAGCGCAACAGUCGCCAGAUCGUCUUCCCCGACGGGACAAAGAAAGCUCGGUAAUCCCCGAGAGCUUCCUUGUUGAAAUUGUGUGGGGAUUCAUCAGGUUCCCUAACCCUCUGAGGAAAACUUUGUUGCCGGCGAAAGUCGGGUUUGGCGGCUUCAAGAAAUUUCUUUCCAGUGCCUCAGUCGAUUACCGGUAUCUUUCUUCUGCAUCAACACUUCUCAAUCUGUAUUCUAAGUUGCGCGGUGCCAGCGAAAUCCGCGGGGAUAGGGGCCAUUGCUGGAAGCCUUUAUAUGCACGCUUUAGGGAAUUAGUGCUGACAAUAACCAAACAGAACAAGUUCAAGGUGCAAUAUAUUCCUGUUGACUUGACAUUGGCUUUCUGUUAUUUUAAGGAAGGAACUUGUACUCAUGGCAGACUUGGAGAAUUUGCUACUCCAAGCUGCUGGCAGAACUGGCACAUCAUCUAGAAAGAACCAGUCCCAUCCACAUUCAAGAUGGCGACGGGAAGGUUCAUACUCUGAUGGAAGCGACUCUAAAGAGGAUGAUUCUGAUAACUCCAAUUUCAACAAGCGGAGACACGCUGGAUCACAAGUUCCCUUAAAGAAGAGGCUAGAUCCCCCUGAGAAAGACAAGAGGAGCAACUGGGUAGAUGAUCAUGAUGAUCGGCUUAGUGGUGAUGAUUCUGAUAGUGCACCUUCUGUUGGAAGUGAUCUGUACAGAGAUGAGGCGGAUAAGGAAGAGCUGGGAAAAUUGUCAGAGCUGGAUCGUGAGAUGAUCUUAGCAGAAAGAAGUACAAAGAUUGAUGAUUACCGCCUAAAGAAGAAAGCAAGGGCCUCAUCAACAAAGAUGGAGAAAUCUAGAAAAGAGAGCCCCCCACCUCUUCCUUCCCGUGGGCGUUCUUCUGUCAGGACUGAGAGGACUGCUGCAAAAACUGAUGCAUUAAAUGAGCUACGAGCUAAGAGGAUGAGGCAGCAGGACCCGGAGGGUUACCGGAGGUUAAGGGAUUCAGGAGGAGUUACUGGGUCUGCUUUUGGCAAUAGAGAUCCUUCUCCCAAACGCCGUUCAAUUUCUAUUCCUGCACUUGAUUCAAGUGAUAGCGAUGAUGAGGGAACAAGUGUUGAAGGCAAGGAAGACAAACUAGCUGAUGAUGUUGAUAUGGGGGAUAAUUUAGAGGAUCUAUUGACAUCUAAAUCGGAACCAAUUAGGUAUGAAGAUGUUAAAGAAAUAACAAUUCGCAGAUCAAAGUUGGCUAAAUGGCUUAUGGAGCCUUUCUUUGAAAAUAUUGUUGUUGGGUGUUUUGUAAGGGUUGGUAUUGGAAAGACACAAAAAGGUCCUAAGUACAGGCUUUGCGUCGUUAAAAAUGUGGAUGCCAAUGACCCGGACAAACAUUACAAACUUGAGGGCCGUACAACUUGCAAGUGGCUGAACUGUGUGUGGGGUAGCGAGGCCUCGGCAGCUAGGUGGCAGAUGGCUAUGGUUUCUGACUCUCUACCAACUGAGGAUGAAUUUAAAGAGUGGGUAAGAGAGGUGGAGCGUAAUGGAGGCAGGAUCCCAUGUCGACAAGAUGUGGAUGAUAAGAAAGAAGAAAUAAAAAAAGCUAGCUCUUUUGUAUAUUCAGCAGAUACUGUGAAGCAAAUGAUAAAGGAAAAGAAAUCGGCUUCUUCGAGGCCAUUAAACAUUGCAGCUGAGAAGGAUCGUCUUAGGAAAGAGAUGGAAUCGGCAGAGAGUAAUGGAAAUGGUACUGAGGUAGAUAGAAUCCGUGCAAAGCUGAAGGAACUAGAAGACUUAUCCAGACAGCCUAAGAGAAUUGAUGCUAAAGCUAUGAAAUUAGCAGAAAUGAACCGAAAGAACAAAGCAGAGAACUUUAGGAAUGCAUCAGAGUUGAAACCAGUUAAUUUUAGCUUAAAGGCUGGUGAGGCAGGUUAUGAUCCAUUCUCAAGAAGAUGGACUAGGUCCAUUAAUUAUUAUGUGCCUCCCAAGCCCGGGGUGGAUGAAAAUGGAACAGUCACAAAUGGUGAUAAUAGGAAUGCAACUGCUAGUGCAAGAGAUGCAGAUGGGGUUGCUGCAGUUAAUGGGGUGGAAGCUGGUGUGUUAGCCACUGCAGAAGCUCUGGAGGCCGCUGCAGAUGCAGGAAAAUUGGUUGACACCUCAGCCCCGGUUGAUCUUGGUACAGAAUCAAAUUCUCUACAUAAUUUUGAUUUGCCAAUAUCUUUGGCUGGCCUCCAAAAGUUUGGGGGCCCUCACGGUGUACAUCUCGGUUUCAUGGCGAGAAAGCAAAAGAUAGAAGCAACGAUUGGCUAUAAGGUGCCUGACAAUGAUGGGAGACGACAUGUCUUGACAUUGAGUGUUAGUGACUACAAGAGACGAAGAGGUCUUCAAUAAGAGGCUGCUAGUUUAGCUUUCAGUUCAUAGGAUUUGCCUGAAGACCGUUGCAACGACUCUGCAAUCUCUAUUGGAAUAAAAGGUUGGUUCUUUGAUGGUGUCUUUCUAUGGAGUAUGCCGCCUCAAACUAUAUAUUUUGUUAGUAUGGUUUAUCUGUUGAAACUUUCGAUUGAAAAGCUAUAAAAUUAUAGCUAGGAACAAAAAAAUUAGCUCUAUUUGGUUUGCUUGGUCACGUUUUAAACCGAUUCGUCACCCAUGCUUAUUGUUAAUAAAUUCUUGUGUUAGUGUGGAAUUUUGUUGGCCUAUUUCCUUGGUUGCUCAAUCGGGGUUCAUAACAAUGAUUUAUUUAUUCAUACUGCCGAAAAUUUAUAUAUUCUGAAAGAAAUGGGCAACGGCUUUAGAAGAUGAU